AUGGUCUGUCCUCUUGUACUCGUCUUGAUAGUGUCAAGAGUCCUCGGUCACUCCAUCGACCACUCAAUCGCUCAACAAUACCAAACACUACAAGACUGUCUGAUAUCCAAAGGCGUUCCGACUACUCUGAACUCUUCUUCUGACUGGAAUUCUCUCACUACCGCAUACAACCUUCGCCUUCAGUAUACCCCUGUUGCAGUUACCAUCCCCACCACACCUGAACAUGUCUCCGACUCCAUAACAUGCGCCGCUGCAUCUGGUAUCAAAGUCCAGCCGCGAUCUGGAGGACAUUCAUACGGCAGUUACUCUCUCGGUGGGAAGAACGGUAGCUUGGUCGUCGAUCUGCAAAAGUUCAACGAGAUCACUCUGGAUAAAUCAACCAACAUCAUAAAAGUCGGCUCAGGUGUCCGCCUCGGAAACCUCGGUCUCGCAGUAUUCAACCAAGGCCACGCCGCCCUCCCUCAUGGGACGUUUCCCGGUGUAGGUAUCGGCGGACACUACACGCACGGCGGCUUUGGGUAUUCGUCGAGGAAGUGGGGUCUUGCUCUCGACACGAUACUCGCAAUGGACGUCGUCCUCUCCAACGGCACCCAGAUCCACACCUCACGCACCAGCCACGCAGACAUGUUCUUCGCCCUGCGCGGCGCGGCGGAUAGUUUCGGCAUCAUCACAACCUUCUACCUGCAAACCUCGCCCGCGCCUGUUUCCGUCACCAGUUACGUCGCGACAUUCUCUUCACAGCUUAACGCCUCAUCUGCUGCGUCGUCGAUACUCCUGCAACUGCAAUCCUUCGCGCUGACGUCGCCGCUGAUGAACCGAGACAUCACGCUUGAAGUAUACAUGAGUGUGUACGGAAAGUUUGAAGUAAGAGGGUGGUUCUUCGGCGAAGAAGAUCACUUCACGCGCACUGUUCUACCGGCUAUGUUGUCCACACUUCCUGUGCCAGAUAACACGACGAUCCGCACACGCGGCUGGCUCGAUGCGCUCAAUGACAUCGCGGAAGGCGAACCGCUGGCUGAGCCACUGAGUGGGUAUCACAACCACCAGACGUUUUACACCAAGUCAGUGGUGACGCGCGAGGCGGAGCCACUCACGAGAGCCGCGCUGGAGAGUUUCUUCGCGGAAGUGGGGAGGGGGUUGGGCAAGGUGCCGUUUGGAAGUUACAUCAGUCUUUACGGUGGACGAGAUAGUCAGAUCAAUGUGCCGGAUGUUGGGGACGCGGCAUUUGGAUUGAGGGAUAGUUUGUGGGUUUUUCAGAACAUUGGCUCGUCGGCGAAUAUGCUGCCGCCUUUCUCGCCGGAUAUCAAGGCUUAUGUGAAUGGCUUGAAUGCGGCGCUUACGGAUGCGCAGCCUGGAGGCGAGUUUUUGGCGUAUCCGAAUUAUCUGGAUCCAGAGUUGAGUCCGGCGGAGGCGCAUCGGCUGUAUUUUGGGAAAGAGACGUAUGAGAAAUUGCUGGGGUUGAAAGAGAAGGUUGAUCCAAAGAAGGUAUUUUGGAAUCCACAGGCCGUUGGGAAUUGA